AUGAUUCUUGCAAAAGAAAUGGAUUUUCCCCAGGAGGGAAGUAAAAAAAAAACUUUUUUUUUUCUCCUUUUCUCCCUCUCUGAUUUCUUUUCCAAUAUUAGAUGCUUUUUCUUCCUUGUUUUUCUCUUUCUUUCAUUCAUUCUUUCUUUCUUUCUUUCUUUCAAUUUUUUUUUUAAUUCUUUUUUUUUUCUGCUUCAGGUCUCUUUUUUCUUUCUUCAUCUUUUACAAUUUUCCUUUCAUUCUCUUUUUAUCUUUUACAAGGUCACUUUCUCCUUUUUUUCUUCAUCUUUUACAAGUUUUUCUUUCUUCAUUUUUUACAACAUUCCUUUCUUUUUCUCGUUAACUUUUACAAGGUCUGUUUUUCUUUAUUUAUUUAUUCAUCUUUUACAAGAUACUUUUCUUUCUCUCUUCAUCUUUGAGAAGAUCUCUUUAUCCUCCCUUUUUUCUUUCUUUCUUCUUUCUUCAUCUUUUACAAGUUUCCUUUUUUCUCUUUUUAUCUUUUAUAAGAUCUCUUUUUUCUUUCUUUAUCUUUUACAAAUUUUCUUUCUUUCUCUCUUUUUAUCUUUUACAAGGUCUCUUUUUCUUUAUUUAUUUAUUUCUUCAUCAUCAACGAGUUUCCUUUCUUUAUCUCUUUAUUUUUUACAAGGUCUCUUUUUCUUUUUUCUUUCUUUUUUCACUCUACAUUUCUUUCUCUCUUUAUCUUUUAAAUGUCUCUUUUCUUUCUUUCUUCCUUUCUUUCUUUCUUUCUUUCUUUCUUUCUUUCUUUCUUUCUUUCUUGAUCUUUUACAAGUUUUCUUUCUUUCUAUCCAUUACCCCAACUGCAUAUUCCUCUUGCUUCAUGAGGAGAAGACAUUUUCAAUGCUUCAAAGUUUGGGAACUGCAACUAAAUUGAUCGAUGAAGGAUACUUCAUCUUUAGCUUGACCUUUCAUCCUCUUUUGCCAUCCAUUCUACGUCUAAACAAAGUAAGAUCUCUCCACCAUGACUACAGAAGUCCAUGUUGCAAUUUUUCUACAUUAUAA